GCGGCGUAGUCAUGGCGGCCGCCUCGGGCUCAAUGCACCUGCAGCGCUGCUUGGUAUCGCCGGCUGGGAGGCACAGCGCCUCUCUGAUCUUCCUGCACGGCUCAGGUGAUUCUGGACAAGGAUUGAAAAAGUGGAUCAAGCAUGUUUUACAUCAAGAUUUAACUUUCCAACACAUAAAAAUUGUUUAUCCAACAGCUCCUCCCAGGCCAUAUACUCCUAUGAAAGGAGGAAUCUCCAAUGUAUGGUUUGACAGGUUUAAAAUAUCUAAUGACGCUCCAGAACACCUUGAAUCAAUUGACUUAAUGUGUCGAAUACUUACAGAUUUGAUUGAUAAUGAAGUGAAAAGUGGCAUCGAGAAGAACAGGAUAUUAGUAGGAGGAUUUUCUAUGGGAGGGUGCAUGGCCAUGCAUCUAGCCUAUAGAGCUCAUCAAGAUGUGGCAGGAGUGUUUGCUCUUUCUAGUUUUCUGAAUAAAGCAUCUGCUGUUUACCAGGAACUUCAAAAUAGGGAUGGUGUGCUUCCUGAAUUAUUUCAGUGUCAUGGCACUGCAGAUGAGUUAGUUCUUCAUGAGUGGGGCGAAGAGACAAACUUGAAGUUGAAAUCUUUAGGAGUGAAUACAAAGUUUCACAGUUUCCCAGGUGUUUACCAUGAGCUUAGCAAAAAUGAGCUAGAAAAGCUGAAGUCAUGGAUUCUUACAAAACUACCAGCAGAACUUGAUAGCCAAAACAAAUGACUCAAGAUUGGGCAGUUAACGUACACGUACGUAAUAUUCUUUGUGAAAGUGAUUUUACUGCCAAUUUAUAAUUUAAUAAGUGAUAAUUUAAAAUAUUAAGAAAUAUCAACAAGAUACUGAUUUAUUUAUUCAUUGUGAACAUGCUUAGCACCAUAGAGACUAAUAGCAAACAUUUACUUGGACAAACAUUUGUGUAUUAUUUUUCAGAUGCAUGUUUCUGAAAAUUUGGAGACCUUUUAAGUAAUUAUUUAAUUUUUAAAAAUAAUUUUUAAAAUAAAGACUGAGGCAACA